GGCAAAGGCAGCCGUCCUGCGGGUCUGCAGUGCUGCACCCGCCUCUCACCACGCGAGAUUGGAUUAUUGGUUCGUAUUCUGCGCCUCUGCUUCCGCUCUGGGAUGCAGCACCCGCCCCUUCCUGCACCUUCUUGGAAAAACCGCACCCACCACCCACCACCCACGGCCUUUCCAUCUAUCUCGUGCAUCAAUCAAUCAAUCACUCAGUCAACCAGCCCAACUCGUCUGUCGUUUUCAAUUCUCGUCUCUCGUUCUGCGCACACUUGCACCCACAUUCCAUCACCAUGAUGGGCAAAUCUUCUUCUCUACUGUCCUUGUUGACAGCGACUGCUGUGCUUUUCACAGGCGCGUCCGCUACUCUCGAUCCCAUUGUAAUCAAGGGAGCCAAGUUCUUCUACAAAACCAAUGGCACCCAAUUCUUCAUCAAGGGCGUAGCUUAUCAAUCCGGUGUCUCCAACAAUGGCGGCGGAGCCACCAGCAGCGGAUCCCAGACUAGCUUUGUCGACCCUCUUGCUAAUACUGCGGCCUGCACUCGAGACGUCCCCAAACUCAAGCAGCUCGGCGCGAACACAAUCCGUACUUAUGCCCUCGAUCCAACCGCAGAUCAUGACACCUGUAUGAGCUUAUUGGACGCCGCCGGAAUCUACGUGAUCAGCGAUCUGGGAGAGCCCAACCUGUCAAUUGAUCGCACGAGCCCAGAAUGGAACACCGCGCUGUAUGCUCGAUACACGGCCGUUGUUGAUUCCAUGUCGAAAUACAGCAACGUCAUCGGAUUCUUCGCCGGAAACGAAGUCCCCAACAACCUCACCUACAUCGAUUCCACGCCCUUCGUCAAGGCUGCUGUGCGUGAUACCAAGGCAUAUAUCAAGUCUAAGGGUUAUCGGGCUAUGGGUGUUGGAUAUGCUGCUGAUGAUGAUGCAACCGUUCGGGCCAAUGUGGCCGCAUACUUCAACUGUGGCGAUGUUGCUUCGCAAAUCGAUUUCUGGGGAUACAACAUCUACGAGUGGUGCGGCGCCUCCAAUUACCAGACAUCUGGAUACGCCGAUAGAACCAAGGAAUUCACAGGAUACUCCGUCCCAGCCUUCUUCGCCGAAUACGGAUGCAACACUCAAGGUGGUGGAGCCGCCGGCCGAAAGUUCUCCGAGGUUGCAGCUCUGUAUGGAUCACAGAUGAGCCCCGUCUUCUCUGGUGGUAUCGUGUACGAAUACUUUGAAGAGGCGAACGACUACGGUUUGGUCUCUGCAAGCGGCGGCUCCGUCAGCACGCUCGCAGAUUUCGGCGCCUGGCAAACCGCGAUUGCUGCCGUGUCCCCAAGUGCCGUCAACGCAGCAUCCUACAGCCCCACUAACACUGUCGGACAAGCUUGCCCAACAAUUGAUGCCAGCACUUGGGCAGUGGCCGCAAGUCCUCUCCCACCAACUCCCAACGAAGCCGCCUGUAGCUGCAUGGUGAGCUCCCUCAGCUGCGUGGCCAGCGCCAGUCUCAAUGGUACAGUAAUCGGCCAACUCUUCGGUCAAGUCUGCGGCUACCCAGGCAGUCCCUGCUCUGGAGUCUCAAAGAACGCGACUACCGGCACCUACGGUCCAUGGUCCAUGUGCAAUGCCACCGAGCAGCUCUCCAACGCCUUCGACACCUACUACAAGGGACAAAAGAGUUCCGCCAAUGCAUGUAACUUCGGAGGUGCUGCGGCAGUCGUCAAGCCAGCUGGCGCAGCGAGCUCUUGCGCAAGUGUCAUUGCUCAAGCUACAGUCAGCAACCCUGUCUCUGGCUCAACUGGCGGAGCUGCUUCAUCAUCCAAGAAGAGUGACGCCAGCGGAAUGACAUACGGCGCGAACCCAUGGGUUGGACAGGUGUUUGCGGUGGGAUUCACAGUUACGGCUCUUCUUUCGGGAAUGGGGAUGAUUCUGUUGUAG